AAAAUAUCUGAGGCUGAUUCAUACUGAAAGUGCCAAAAGCUCCUCGAUAUUCACUGAUUGCAUUACCAACAACCAAGCUAACCUUAACCUUUUUAGCAGACGAUAAGUGGUGAUGUGUGCUUAACAUUACAAACAUGCCUUAUUUAAACCUCCUAAACAGAAAGCGUGAAACACUAAAAUGGAAAUCCCACAAUGCAUCUGUUAAUUUGAAAUUUACAAGAAAGGCUCUAUACUUAAUUUAAUGUCGGACAAACCUCCACAAGCUCCCAGAAUGCAUUGCUGUUUGUAGAAGUUUACUGUAUUUUUUAAAAUACAGCAUAAAUAAUAAUAAAAUCAUGUAAUUCUUACAGUAAUUUGUAACAGUGCUCUUUAAUAACCUUAUCCCAGAUGUAGUUUCUUUUCUUUUAAACUUUUAUUUGUUUACAUAAAGUUUGCCCAAAGAUUUUGGAAAACUAUGGCAACAUAAGCUGUCCCACACGCGUAUUGUGUACUCUGUUUUGCAAUUAUUAAUCCCACUAACCUACUGCAAAAGCCCUUUGAGGUCAAACAUAAAUGUGUAUUUGAUUAACCUGUUCUAUUUUGAACCAACAACAUUGGUCCAAGUGGCCUCCAUCGUUUUAUCCCCGCUCUCACGUGCUAUCCUCCUAUAAUUUUAUUCCAUUAUCCUGUUUUAUUCCUGUGUAACAACAUUAAAGUGAGCUCUGGCAUAAAUGGCCUAUCCCGCUCGUCCGUAGCGUGGGCACGUUCUGGCUCCUGCACGUUCUCCACCGAGCGCCCGCGCGCCGUUUGGGAGCGCGCAGGACCCGUCCCUACAGCAGCGAGCAGCAGCGCAUCCAUCCUGCCGUGGAGCCGGGAGCGUGGAGCCGCGAGGAGCGCACACUGAGCGACAGAAGAUGGACGGAGUGGGAUCGUUCGGAGCGGGCCGGGCCGGGUCCACUAUCGACCCGAUUACCUUCGCCAAGCAGCCGCAGACCAUCCUCAGAGUGCUGUCCUGGAUAUUUUCCUUGGUGGUCUUCGCCUCCAUCGUGAACGAGGGUUACGUCAACAUGGGCAGCGAGCGCCUCCACUGCAUCUUCAAUAAGAACACAGACGCGUGCAACUACGGCGUGUUCGUGGGCCUGGUUGGCCUGCUGGCAUGCUCCUUCUUCUUCCUGCUUGACUACAAGUUCUCCUCCAUCAGCUCUGUUAAAGACAGGAAGAAGGCUGUAAUGCUUGAGAUCGGCUUCUCAGGUUUCUGGACCUUUCUAUACUUUGUAAGUUUCUGCUUCCUCGCCAAUCAGUGGUCUCGGACUAGAGCUGAAGAGCUGCCACUCAACCAAGGAGCAGAUGCUGCUCGGGCAGCAAUCGCAUUCUCUUUCUUCUCCAUAAUCACCUGGGCUGGUCUAACUGUGCGUGCGGUCCAGAAGUAUCUGCUCGGCACAGACAUGACACUGUUCACCACCGAGCACAUGGACGGAGGCGCACCCACCCAGCCAUACCCCUCCAACUCUCCGGGAGGCGGCGGCACCACCACCGAGACCACGGAGACCUACCAGAGCCCACCAUUCACCGAAAACAACGCAGCACCCACAUACCAGGUUCCCAUUUACUAGAAAGGAUAGACCUGGUGAUGGUGGUGGAAGAAGAAGAAGACGACAGGGGAGAGGGAUGCAGAUAAGAGGAAACUGCUUUCUGUGAUGUUACACAUGCAGUUGUUUAUGUUGAUCCGGGCUGAGUUUUCAGUAAGCGUUGAAUUAGCGGCCUCUGAUUCCUCAUUUCUUCCUCUUGGUACCUUUUCCUUCCCGAACAUUCCAGUUUUAUCGUCACUUUUGUACACCUCUCUGUGGAGCAAGGCCACAGCACAGGUACGAGAGCUGAUAAAUCAAAAAGAAAAACAAGUGGAGGAAAUGUAGAGCAGGAGGCCACUUUUGCCGACUUCAAACGCAAUUUUGACAAAAAUAAGUAAGAAAAAAAAGUGAUCAACAAGUCAGUGACUCCACCACAACAAAGCAGUAUUAGAUCCCUAAAAAUAGUGCAGGAGGCACUCGCAUCCAGAGAGCACCCUUGUCUUAUUCUUUUCAUUUAUUCCAAAUCCCCUUUCAUGCCAAACACUGCAGGGAAUCGUUUUUCUUUUUCUUUUUUUUUGGUUGUUGUUUUUCUUUUUUAGCUAGAGUCUGGUCUUUCCUCGUAUGUUCCCUGCUGCAGUUAGAAACCAUCAUCUGCAUUAAAUCUGCAUGUUUCCAAACUUAGAGAUCAACUAAGUGCCAUACUGUACUGUGUGUUUCAGACAGUGACUUAAUUUAGUAGUUUUCCACAUGCUGUAAAGAAAAGAAAAACAAAAAAAACAACGGCAAUGUUUUUGUGACCAAGUGCAAUAUUUCACAUUCUUAUGUAAGUAGGUAGAUGCAGUAGGUAAACUAGUUUAGGUCAAUUUCAGGCACUGUCUCAAAUCACAUGCAAUUCUUUGAAUUGUGCUGAUAGGUCUCGAGGAUCUGACCACCCUGGUGACGUUUUGCAGGAAAUGGAAGUUAUAUCAGAUGAUCAAAGCGCUCCAGAGAGAGAGAGAAAGAGGGAAUCUCUCUUCCAUGGAAGCUGAGCUAUUAUAAAUAUAAUUACAGACGUUCAAAACCUGCUAUAUCAUCCUUUCAGGCAUGUUUUAGUCUCCCUUAAUGAAGUCUAUUGCACAUUUUAAAGCAAACGGGACUCACGGUGCAAAAUAUAAAUGGUACAGUGUCACCCUGAGUGAGCCGGUGUGAUUUUGGGGUGAGCCUGAUUACACUUAAAAUUUAGUGUGGAAACCUUUAUCCUUAUUGAAUCACCAUUCAAUCUGGUAUAUUUCUGUGCCUGGCAUGAAUGGAUUAUUAAAUGGACCUAAUGGGCUCCUGCACUGGAAGUGAUUAUUAAUCCUGGAAAGUCAGUCACAUGACUAUUAAAAACACACACACACACAAACUGAUCAGGAGUUCGGGGGGAGGGUGGGGGCUUUUACAGGCUGUGCCCAGGGGGCCUUUGUCUCACAAUCAAUCCACGGUGCCAGGGAAUGUAUUCAGUGUGUUAUUUGAGACAGCGCCCUGUGCUGACUGCUGUGUGCACAAAAAUCAGGAGAGUGGGAGAUAUUCUGGGUAAAUUAUGUAGGUCUGUUUAUGUUUACGUUUUAGAAGCUGCCAAACUGCCCUGUGUUCUUAUUGCCGUCUUCUGAUUACCACGUUACUACUACGUUACUACUAUGUUGUUAAUAGGA